AUGGGGCUGUUCUCCAGAGAACCCAAUGAUAUGAAGGUCUACGGAUACAAGUUCAGGUGGGGCUCGUUGCAUCAAUCGCCAGAAGAACUUCAUCCCUUAAUAUAUACCUACGAUACUGUUGCAUCAGACGCCGUCGAAGCAUUGGACGAACUGGUGCCACCAGCACCAACUGGCCCUAGGAAGGAUAUCCAGGAGGCAGUUGAGCCCCAGGAUACGAAGAGGCAUCGGGACCUUUACGCACUCGUCCAGAAGCAUGCCAAGGUCGACGAGAGAGUGGGCAAGUUAUGGGAUGAGAUCAACGCGGUACCGGAAUGGGUUGACUGGGAGCAAAUCGACAGGGGCCAGAAGGUAUUCUGGCGUUAUGGUGGCCCAGCUAUCACGGCCCUCACUUUUCUGUCAUUACUCGGCGGUAUGGGUGGAGGGAGGACGGUAGAGACUCUAGAUCGCACGGGUGGGUUUGGUGCUCAGGUCGUGCGCCGGCGCCUUCUGGAGACUACCCAACACACCCUCGGCGUCCACAAAGACUUGGCUGCAAUUCAGCCUGGCGGAGAAGGUUUCGAGUCUUCAGUACGGGUCCGUCUACUGCACGCAUCAGUUCGCCGGCGAGUGACGCAAUUGGCAAAGGCGAAACCCGAAUACUACGACCUGAAGAAAUAUGGUGUUCCGGUCAAUGACCUCGACUGUAUUGGGACCAUCGGAACGUUCAGCUCGACAGUAGUAUGGAUGGGGUUCCCACGACAGGGUAUCUGGCUGCGGCAGCAGGAGAUUGAGGAUUACCUCGCGCUCUGGCGCUACGUUGCGUACCUCAUGGGCACUCCACACGACUGGCUCGCAACUCCGGAGACCGCAAAAGCGAUGAUGGAGUCUCUGCUCGUAUCGGAGAUCAAGCCAACCAAGAAGUCGGGAACGCUAGCGAACAACAUCAUCACCGGCUUUGAGGGCCAACCGCCAACCUAUGCCUCGCGGGGUUUCCUCAACGCCGAGACCUGGUGGCUUAACGGCAGCGAGUUGGCUCAAGAACUGGGCAUUGAGAAGCCAAAUAUCUACUACAGAGCCUUGGCAUUUGGACAAUGCAUCUACUUCAUGAUCUCUGGCUACAUCGCUCGGAGUAUACCAUUCCUGGACGAAGCGAACAUCAAGCUUACCCGGAAGGUGCUGUAUCAGAUCCUGGUACACAAGAAGUCCAAAGGUGCGCUGGGCUAUAUCACAAAGUAUAACUUCAAGUGGAUCCCGGACCUGAAGAACACGACCACGCCGCUUGGCGACCCAGUGCCCGGGCAGGCGCAGAAGUCGGGGGCUUUCUAUCAUUCUGGGGUCGAAAGAACCGCACUGAUAACUCUCGUCGUUGUCGGCACGGUUGUAGGUCUUACGGGCUGGGCUAGUCUUCGCCUAGCAAACAACCUAGGUUGGUUGGCAUCUCCUCGCUGGGGUUGGGACAGCGCGGCGGCGCCUUUUAUAGGACUGUUACGAGACAUGAAAGCAUAG